UCGGCCAGACGGCUGAUGAGCCAAAGAAGUCGCAUCCUGAGUGAGAUGCAGAGCUUCUUCAAACUCAAGGUUCUGGACGAGGAGACGCUGGAGAUCAUGAGGAAGCCCAGGUGUGGCGUACCUGAUGCGGUCGCCCGCUACAGCACCUUCGGACACAACCUCAAAUGGCAAACAAACAAGCUCACAUACAGGAUUGUGAACUACACGCCAGACCUGCCCACAUCAGAAGUGGACAGCGCCAUCGAGAAAGCCCUGCAAGUCUGGGCACAGGUGACUCCCCUGAGGUUCACACGCAUCUACGCUGGCACGGCUGACAUCAUGGUCUCCUUCGGCAGCAGAGACCAUGGAGAUUUCUACCCAUUCGAUGGGCCUGGUGGCACCUUGGCUCAUGCAUUCGCGCCCUCUCAAGGAAUUGGAGGAGAUGCUCAUUUUGAUGAGGACGAGACCUUCACUUUCCGCUCCUAUCGAGGUUAUAACUUGUUCCUGGUGGCUGCCCAUGAGUUUGGUCAUUCUCUGGGCCUGUCUCACUCACAGGACGCAGGGGCACUCAUGUAUCCCGUCUACAGCUACAGAGACCCCGACACCUUCCUGCUGCCACGGGACGACGUCAACGGGAUCCAGUCUCUCUACGGUUCCAACCCUGACGUGGAUGUAGUCAAACCAGAACCAGAACCUCCCACGACUCCCAACGCCUGUGAUCCCCAGCUGGUCCUGGAUGCCGUCACAACUCUACGCGGAGAAAUGUUCUUCUUCAAGGACAGCUUCUUCUGGCGUAGCACCUCUCACAGCAGAAGAGCAGAGCAACACCUCAUCAAAAGCUACUGGCCUCUUGCCCCUAACAACAUCGAUGCAGCUUACGAGAGCCGAUCAUCAGACCGAGUUUUCCUCAUCAAAGGCAGAAAAGUUUGGGCCCUUCACGGCUACAACGUUGAGAGUGGCUACCCGAAGAGCCUCCACAGUCUUGGACUCCCCAUGUCUGUGAAGACGGUCAGUGCUGUCUUCCAUGACCAACAGUCAGGAAAGAGCACAUUCUUUACUGGCCACUACUACUACAGUUAUGACGAGAACAGAAGGGACAUGGACCAGGGUUACCCCAAACUGGUGGAUGAGGGGUUCCCCGGAAUGACAGGAGAGGUCACUGCUGCCUUCCAGUAUAGAGGCUUCGCCUACCUCUACAGUGGGCCCCACAUAUUUGAGUUCAGUUUCAGCAGCAAGAGGCUGUUUCGUGUCCUGAGGAACAGCUACUUCCUGAGAUGUUAGAUCAGAUUUCUAUGGUCAUCACGACAAACUGUCAAAUGAUCAAUUUCAUGGGUUUACUAUUCCAUUACUUAAAUGAUAAUAUAUUUUUUUCAAUGAACACUAUGAAUAUUUAAGAUCUAUGUAAAAUAUAGAGCUAUCCUUGUUU